AACCUCUUUCUGUCGCAGAAGUCGAGUGGCUUCGCAAGCGAAUGAGCUCUCUCCCUCAGCAAAUGCGGCGACCCUGCAAGGAGUGCUGCAAGGAUGAGUGCGUCACUCUCGAUUCCAGCAGCACGUGCGAGGAGUGUCACGAGAAGGCCAAACAGACUAAGGAAGAGCUCAAGCGAGAGAUCGAGAAUUUGAAGGCCGAAGUCGCCUUCUUGAGUUUCUGGUCUCCGACCGGCCGCCACCACCACCACCUCAGCGGUGGCUCCCAUGGCCCCGGGUUCACCGACGUAGUCUUGGUCGCCGCUAAGGACGGUCCCACAGGAGACCCGUCUACGCCGGUGCCGGCUGAUAGGGCUAUUCUGGCUGGCCGGUCUGCAGUAUUUAAAGCAAUGCUCGAGAAUGAGAAGGAAGAAAGCCGAAAUGGCACCAUCAAGAUAAGUGAUGUGUCAUACGAUGCCCUCCGAGCAUUUGUUGGCUAUCUCUAUGUCGAAGCAUGCCUCGAUGAGCAAAUGGCGUGUGAGCUUCUGGUAUUGGCUGAAAAGUACCAGGUGGAGCGCAUCAAAGCUUAUUGUGAGAAGUUCCUGGUAUCCAAAUUAAACUGGGACAACUCACUUCUAUGCUAUGCCUUCGCGCACCAGCACAACGCGAACCGUCUCCUUGGGGCUGCCUUGUCCUUAAUCAUGGACAACUUGGAUGGACUCAGAAAUCAUCAAGAAUACUUAGAACUCGUUGAAAAGAAUCCACGCCUUGUGGUGGAGUUAUAUGAAGCAAUUCUUGCAAAGCAGAAAAAAAAUGCAGCGCCUAAGGAUACUUCUGCGAAACAAUAGUCUUGUCUGGAGAAAGGUAUUUGGUAUCCACAAGAAGGGGGCUUUUUUAGUGUUAAUAAUCUUUUUCCUACAGGAAUAGGAGAUUCUCAGAUGAUUAUGAUCACUGUGACUUUGGGGAGCAUUUUUUGAUUUACUAGUGAAAGCCAUUCUUUAGGUUCGGUACCAUGCAUAUGACUUUCUUAGGUUGAUGUAUGAUAGGGACCAAACUUAGAAAUUUUACCAUCUGAGCUGAGAGUUUAUUUAUCUCUUUUCUUUAGGUUUGUUUGUUAUUAUAAGAAUGUCUUAAGCCUGAAAAUCCUGCCUUCUACUUCGUUGAGGAGGCAAUUAUGACAUAGCGAAGAAAUCCUCUAAUGGACAUGUAGAAGUUAUGUAGGAAGCAUGAUAUAGGCUGAUGGAAACUUAUUAUCUUAUCUUGUUGAUGCAAGUGUUUUUCAUUUCAUAGAUCAAACAGAACCAGUAAAAA